AUGCCGUAUUAUAUUCAGAGGCUUUUCAAUACUUGCAAGGCAUCUCUCUCUCCUAAUGGACCUGUGUCUGAGGAGGCCUUAGACAAGGUUCGCAAUAUGUUGGAGAAAAUCAAGCCGUCUGAUGUAGGACUGGAACAGGAAGCUCAAUUGGUGCGUAACUGGCCUGGUCCUGGGAACGAGCGUAAUGGAAACCAUAAUUCUCUGCCAGCAAUAAAGUAUCUUAAUUUACAUGAGUGUGACAGCUUCUCGAUUGGGAUUUUCUGCAUGCCACCUUCUUCUAUCAUACCACUUCAUAAUCAUCCAGGCAUGACAGUGCUAAGCAAGCUCGUUUACGGUUCAAUGCACGUGAAGUCAUAUGAUUGGGCUGAGUCUGACCCAUCAGAGCUAGACGAUCCAUUGCAAGCAAGACCCGCGAAGCUGGUCAAGGAUACUGAUAUGACUGCCCCUUGCCCAGCAACCACGCUAUAUCCAACUUCCGGCGGCAACAUCCAUUGUUUCAAAGCCAUUACUCAUUGCGCAAUCUUCGACAUCUUGUCUCCUCCGUACUCUUCUACUCAUGGCAGACACUGCAACUACUUCCGCAAAUCCCCUAUACGAGAUUUACCUGGUGAGAUUGAAGUGAUGAAUGGAGAAGUGAUCUCAAACGUGACAUGGCUGGAAGAGUAUCAACCUCCAGAUAACUUUGUGAUAUGGAGAGUUCCGUACAGAGGUCCUGUGAUUAGGAAAUGA